AUGGAUUCUGUUGAUAUCAUUAAUAAUAUAGAAUCAGAAUUUAUCUAUCAGACCACUGAUAAUACAUAUAUAAAUACUGAUAUUAUGGAGUCAGAACAUAUCUUUGAAACCUUUAACAAUCAUAUAUAUCAUAGUACUACAGAUUUUAUAGAGCUAAAAUAUGCUACAGAUGCUAUAGUAUCAAAAUAUACUUUUGAAACUUUUGAUAAAGUUUUUAUGGAUAAUAGUGUUUUUAAAUCAAAAAAUGCUUUAGAAACACAUAUAGAUAGUAGUGUUGUAGAGUCAGGACACAUCUUUGAUACUUUCUCUAAAGCAUGUGCAACAAUCAAGCAAUAUGCUACACAAACAAAUACCAUUGUAAUUUUAGAACGAAUGAAGAACAUACAACAAAACUUGGAGCAUAAUCAUGAGCCCUGUUUGGACACUGUAAAAUUUAGCACUGUUGCACAUAAAUUUGAUAAAGAUGUUCUUGGUUUGAUAGAAAAACUCCAUGAUGAUGGAUUAAGAACCAAAGAUAUAUUUUCUGUACUUAACUCAGUAAGCUGCAAGUAUAUUCACAAGCCUGAUGUUUAUAAUGCUGUAAGUUGUCAUUGCCAGUAUAAACUUCAUGGCUUGAAUGAGAUUGAAAUGCUCUUUAAGACUUUAUAUGAUGAUGAAAAUAUCUUAGGGUAUACUGCAUUAAAAGCAGCUUAUAAUACUGAAAGAGAUCAAGACAGUAAAUUCAUUCAAGGAAUUUUUUGGGUGUACCGUAAUGUAUUCUCUGAAUUUAUGAUUGCAAAGGAUGUUCUUAUUAUUGAUGCCACAUACAAGACCAACAGAUUUUCCAUGCCAUUGAUAGUUAUCUGUAGCAUUGAUAGAUUUGGAUCUACAUACCCAUUAGCCUUUAUACUUGUAUAUUCUAAAACUAUUGACUUUUACUGCUAG